AAUGUUCCAGUAAUUUGCAUGAUUUCGAUAAAAUUAUACCAUAUUCAAUUAAUUACAUAACUGUAAAAUCAACCAGUGAUAUUAUGAGUCUUUCAUCUUUCUUCAGAUCGACCAAGGGCAAGGUUAUUCUUGCUACUGUGGCCACUUUGCACUUCACCAUCUUUGUGGCCAAACCUUCGUUUUUUAAGAGUGAUACUGACACGAAGCCUCAAGCGUCCCCUCCUAAAUACUUGCCAGAGAACUGAGUGACCUUGUCGCAGGUUAUAGCUACAAAGACCACGGAAACUAAUCGUAAGCACGUAAAAGUGUUUGCUGGAAAAAAAUCUAUUGAAUUGAUGAUUUAUAAGGGGAUUGUGAGUGGAUUGUGCCGCUGUCGUGGUUUAGACGUGAUCUCGAGGACUAUGAGCAGUGCAAGCAGGCCCCAGGUGUUCGUGUCACGGUCUGACAUGCCCGAAUGUGGCAUCAAACUGCUGAAAAAAGAAUGUGAUGUUAAACUGUGGAGUGACGCAUCUCCCGUGCCCAGAGCGGAGUUCCUGAAAUCAGUUGCUGGUGUCAACGGCAUCUUCUGUUCACUCACCGACAAGAUAGACAAAGAAAUAUUAGAUGCGGCAGGACCUAAUCUCAAAGUUGUUUCGACUAUUUCAGUUGGUUACGAUCACAUUGAUGUAUCAGAGUGUACGAAGAGAGGAAUAAGGAUUGGUUAUACUCCGGAUGUCUUAACCGAUGCCACCGCUGAACUUACUGUUGCAUUACUACUGACGACAUCACGGCGCCUACCAGAAGCUCAGCAUGAAGCCAAGUCUGGAGGCUGGGUAUCCUGGGCCCCAACAUGGAUGACAGGCCCAGGGCUCGCAGGUUCCACUGUAGGCAUCGUCGGCUUUGGCAGGAUAGGCCAAGCAGUCGCCAGACGCGUAAAGGCUUUUAGUACAAAGAAAAUAUUAUACGUGAACCGUAGCGAACGCCCUGAGGCUAAAGAAACCGGUGCCAUCAAAGUAAAUUUUGAUGAACUUCUAACUCAGAGCGAUUUUGUCAUAUGCUGUGCGGCUUUAGUCCCAGAAACGAAGGCCAUGUUCAACAAAGAAGCUUUUGGAAAGAUGAAACGGUCCGCUGUUUUCGUGAAUACUAGCAGAGGAGGCACUGUAGAUCAAGAUGCUUUGAUAGAAGCACUGCAGAAUAACACAAUAUGGGCUGCUGGCUUGGAUGUGACUACACCAGAGCCAUUGCCUUUAGACAGUCCAUUGUUUAAGCUGAAAAAUUGUGUCAUCCUGCCUCAUAUAGGCAGUGCCACGAUUGAAGCUAGAAACAUUAUGAGUGAACUAACAGCUAAGAAUAUACUAGCAGCAAUAAAUGGCAAAGAAAUGCCUGCUGAACUAAAAGUAUGAAAUGUAUUAUGAAGUAUUAGCAUAUUUUUUCUGAUCACCCUGCUAGAAUGCAAGGCCAAAAUACAAUCCCCAUGGUGACAUUCAAACCGCACAAUUUCUUAAGACAUACUUAUAUUAUUUAUAUAUUAUGACAUAUUAAAAAUGCAUUUAAAAUUAUAA